CUCGGAUGCCCGAUUCCCAUCUCGAGACGUGCCUUGAUCUCAGGGAAUUGCACUGAACACUACGGGAUUAAGAAUUUGACACUUGAUUGACAGCUUUUUAAAAAAAAUUAAAUAUCUAAUUCGGUCAACGGCAUCGCCCCUUAUUUAAAAAAGCGAAUGCCAAUGUGAUAUACAGGAUUUUGGACGGAGAAGCGACAAAAAACUAUAUGUCACCGCCCCACCUGGCCAAGUCGGUGUGUGAGAAACAGAAAAACGAACGCUCCCCGGCGAACGCGGGAAACCCUGAUGGUUCUGUGUUUUUUGCCGUGGCGAGCCGCGCUAACCCAGAGAUGUUUUGUUAUCACUGUGUUGUUAGCAAAUGACUCCGUACCACUGUGCUUUUUCCCUCGAGUCUGUACUUGUAGACAUUCUUGUAAACAUUUUGUGCCGGUUGUAGUGCACUUCGAUCGACAGGGUUUGUCCAGACGGUCGGUUAAUUGUACGUCUGCGGGUUUCUCCGUGUGCCGGGCAAACUGUUUGUGUUCGUGGCUGCAGAGCCGACUCGGUGCAGCACAAAGGAGCUAACCGUCAACACCAACUGUCAGUUUACCGGCUCGCCUCGGCUAGUCUUACCCAAAUGGAGUCGUUUCAGAAGGUGGAGAAGAUAGGGGAGGGCACGUACGGAGUGGUGUACAAGGCGAAGAACAAAGUCACGGGAGAAACUGUUGCUUUGAAGAAAAUCAGGCUCGACACUGAAACCGAGGGUGUACCAAGCACAGCCAUUCGCGAGAUUUCACUACUCAAAGAACUCAGCCACCCAAAUAUUGUCAAGCUGCGUGAUGUCAUCCACACCGAGAACAAGCUCUAUCUUGUUUUUGAGUUCCUCCAUCAGGACUUAAAGAAGUUCAUGGACUCCUCCUCUGUCACUGGCAUCCCUCUGCCUCUGGUUAAGAGUUACCUCUUCCAGCUGCUGCAAGGCUUGGCCUUCUGCCAUUCUCACAGGGUUCUUCAUCGAGACCUGAAGCCCCAGAACCUCCUCAUCAACGCCCAGGGUGAGAUCAAGUUGGCUGACUUUGGCCUGGCAAGGGCCUUUGGGGUGCCUGUCCGCACAUACACUCACGAGGUGGUAACUCUUUGGUACCGGGCACCAGAAAUUCUCCUGGGCUGCAAAUACUACUCCACAGCUGUAGACAUCUGGAGCUUGGGGUGUAUCUUUGCUGAAAUGAUCACCAGGAGGGCAUUAUUCCCAGGAGAUUCCGAGAUUGACCAGCUAUUCCGAAUAUUCCGCACCUUGGGCACCCCUGAUGAGACUGUCUGGCCAGGGGUCACAUCCAUGCCUGACUAUAAGCCAUCCUUCCCCAAGUGGGCCCGGCAGGACCUAUCCAAAGUGGUGCCUCUUCUGGAUGAAGAUGGGAGGGAACUGCUCGGGCAAAUGUUAAAUUAUGACCCAAACAAGAGGUUAUCUGCCAAAAAUGCCCUCGUACAUCGGUUCUUCCGUGACGUCACGAUGCCAGUUCCUCAUCUGCGGCUCUAAGUCAUAAAAUAUGUUGAACAAUCUGAGCAAUAAGGACCUCCUGAGCCUCGUUUCAAUUCCCUGAUUGGACUGGAAAAGAAAAUGGGAACACUAUGGGACAUUUUGGUUCCUUUAAUUGAUCGCUCAUAAUACUUAAAACCAGUUGUCCAGAAGAUUCCAGAACAAUUUUGCUGUUUUUCAGGCCUAAAGUUCAGAAUAUUUACAGAUAUAUAACCAAAAUUCUUAUGUGUCAUUAUUCUACAUAUUCAUGUGCAGCUUCCAUCUUUGAAUGAAGAUGAUUUGUGAUUUGGAUGAUCCUCUUGACACAAGUGCAAUUCAGAUUGACAUGCAUUUAAGGAGAGCAUUUCCUGAUUUGAUUAAAUGGUAUGUGGAGUUUAGGAAGUCCAAAUUCAUAAAGCCAAACAGUAAGCUAGAAUUGAGUACAAUUGAAUGGAUUUGGUGGGACAGUGCAGAUACACUCAGAAAAUAUCAGGUAUCCUGUCCAAAUGUGGCCAGCACAUUGUUCUAGAUCGUGUAAGAAAGGCUGCAGCUAAUGAACGAGUGAAUGAAGGGUCUUGUCACCUGGUUCCACAAAGCAGACUGGUGAUCACCAGCAGAUUGUCGCACAUACAAGACAAUUAUUGCUAAAAGCUGAUCAGAAUCUGAUCUAGGUCUUUGCAGUUAAACUCAAAACUUGGGUCUGAUAUUUUUACUUGUAAUUCUAAAAAUGUGGCAUGUAUACUGUAUAUCUCUGGCCUUGUAAUAAACACCACAGAAACUAUAACAUUCAGCUUCUCAUGCAGGAUUACACUGCAAACUAAUGUUCUGUCCUGUUACUCUGCUUUGUAUGUACAGUUUAGAUAAACAAAUAUUUUUUGUUCAUUUGUAAUGCAGAUUUUAUAAAAUCUAUGUGCAGUUUGCGUCUUUCUUACUCUAGAUCUUAACCAAACUUUAUUGGACCACUUUUAUGAAUGUUGUCUAUUUGCAAAUUAAAAAAAAAAAUAAAGUUGUUUAAAUCACUG